AUGGCUGAAGCAGUGGAGAGUGGACUAGAGAGUGGUUCUUCACUCCUGUCUAGAGUGGCACAGCCCUCCCUGCUCCUGCUACCGCUCUGCUCUGAAAUCCUCCCUCUGGCCGCCCUCUGUGGCAGGGGCAGGAAGGUGCUAGGCCGAGACCCCCUGUACGCUGUGCAGUGCCGCCAUCCUCUUCACGGGGCCAGGCGGCUUUUGCAGCGACUUAACCGAGUGCCUCUGUAUUACCAGCUGACUGGGGGAAUUGGGUUCAUCCACCACAACUGCACCCCGGAGUUUCAGGCUAACGAAGUGCGGAAGGUGAAGAAAUACGAGCAAGGAUUCAUCACAGACCCCGUGGUGCUGAGUCCCAACGACCGGGUGCGAGAUGUGUUUGAAGCAAAAGCUCGUCACGGAUUCUGUGGGAUUCCCAUCACGGAUAAUGGAAAGAUGGGGGGAAAACUGGUUGGGAUCAUCUCGUCUCGAGAUAUUGAUUUCCUGAAAGAGUCAGAGCAUGACUUGCCUCUCGGCGAGAUCAUGACAAAGCGGGAGGAUCUUGUUGUGGCCCCGGCUGGCGUAAUGCUGAAAGAAGCAAAUGAAAUUCUGCAAAGGAGUAAAAAAGGCAAGCUGCCAAUUGUAAAUGAAGAUGACGAGCUGGUGGCUAUAAUUGCCCGCACUGACCUCAAGAAGAACCGGGACUACCCUCUGGCUUCUAAGGAUUCCAAGAAGCAGCUGCUCUGUGGUGCUGCUAUUGGGACCCACGAAGAUGACAAGUACCGGCUGGACCUCCUGGUGCAGGCUGGCGUGGAUGUGGUAGUGCUGGAUUCCUCCCAGGGGAACUCCAUCUUCCAGAUCAAUAUGAUAAAAUACAUUAAGGAGAAAUAUCCUAACCUACAAGUUAUUGGAGGAAAUGUUGUGACCGCUGCUCAGGCCAAGAACCUCAUUGACGCAGGGGUCGAUGCCCUGAGAGUCGGGAUGGGCAGUGGCUCCAUCUGCAUCACACAGGAAGUGCUGGCGUGCGGCCGCCCCCAGGCCACGGCGGUGUACAAGGUGUCCGAAUACGCCAGGAGAUUCGGCGUCCCCGUGAUUGCAGAUGGAGGGAUCCAGACGGUUGGGCACAUUGCAAAAGCCCUCGCACUCGGGGCCUCCACAGUGAUGAUGGGCUCUCUCCUGGCUGCCACCACGGAGGCCCCAGGUGAAUACUUCUUCUCGGAUGGAAUUAGGCUGAAGAAAUACCGUGGCAUGGGCUCACUAGAUGCCAUGGACAAGAACUUGGGCAGCCAGAACCGGUAUUUCAGCGAGACAGACAAAAUCAAAGUGGCCCAGGGGGUCUCUGGCGCAGUGCAGGACAAGGGCUCUAUCCACACCCAAGUCCGAGCCAUGAUGUACUCAGGAGAGCUGAAGUUUGAGAAGAGGACGACAUCUGCCCAGGUGGAAGGAGGGGUACAUGGCCUCCACUCGUAUGAGAAGCGCCUCUUCUGAAGGAUGUCCAUCUGUGUCUGUCAUCAUGCCACUCAGCCCCGUGCCACCCUGAGUGGGAGCUGCUCUUGUUGCAGAAGUGCCAUUACUCUGUGGGCUGCCUGGAGUUCCCUGCAUCCCUUGGCUGCUUCAUCACCACCCGAGAGGGCCCACCCACUGCCCAGGAGCAGUGAUCCUGGGCUGGCGCCUUGCACGCGU